AUGGAGGCGCAUAAGAUGCGGACAAAGUUGGAGGACUAUAGGAUCGCUGGAGUGGUGGGGAAGGGAAGCUACGGGGAAGUCAGCCUAGCAACACACCGAGCGGAAGGGAAACAGUAUGUAAUAAAGAAGCUGAAUCUUCGCAUUGCCCCCCCUCGAGAGCGGAAAGCAGCACAACAGGAGGCUCAGCUCCUCUCUGAGCUGAAACAUCCAAACAUUGUGGCAUAUAAAGAAUCAUGGGAAGGUGAAGAUGGGCUGCUGUACAUUGUCAUGGGCUAUUGUGAAGGGGGAGACCUGUACCAUAAACUGAAGGAACAAAAGGGAAAACUUCUUCCUGAGAGCCAAGUGGUGGAGUGGUUUGUACAGAUCGCCAUGGCACUUCAGUAUUUACAUGAUUUGCACAUAAUGCACCGGGACCUGAAAACUCAGAAUAUUUUCCUGACAAAAUCGGACAUCAUCAAGGUGGGAGACAUGGGUAUUGCAAGGGUUUUGGAGAGCAAGUACGAUAUGGCCAGUACUCUCAUCGGGACCCCAUACUACAUGAGUCCGGAGCUUUUUUCUAAUAAACCAUAUAAUUAUAAGUCUGAUGUGUGGGCACUAGGAUGCUGUGUGUACGAGAUGGCAACUCUCAAGCAUGCAUUCAAUGCUAAGGACAUGAACGCUUUAGUAUAUCGUAUCAUUGAAGGGAAGCUGCCACCAAUGCCUAAAGAUUACUCUAAAGAACUGGGAGACUUGAUUGGAACAAUGCUAAGCCGACAACCUGAAAAGAGGCCAACAGUGAGGCAGAUACUAAGGAACACUUACAUCAAAGAGCACAUCGCCUUAUUCUUACAGAACACAAAACUAAAACAGGUCAAGCGGCGAAAGAAAAUGGUUGAGUCGAAUCGAAGUAACGCCCGCAGGCAUGAUGAACAGCGAGAGCAUGAGGUGCAGCCACGGGCAGCUCCUGACAACGCUAAACUGCACAAAGUGAAUAAAGUGAAAAGUCCAGUAAAGAUGAAAGCUGUUUCCCCAGCUGCUCCCGACCUCCCACACAUGAACAACACAGUAGUGUCUAUUUCAACCCUUAGCAAAGUGGACAUUGAUAUCCUUCCCGAUGAAAACAAAUCACCAGGUGAUGAACAUUUGACACCUGAGCCUCAGAAUGGCUGCACGUCAAAGGACACUCCAAGUAAAGUGACACGGAAUGGUCCCCAAUCACAGGACACACACGCAAAGCCCCAGGCAGCGUUCAGCUCCAACAUAGAAAAUCCAAUUUCUUCUGUAAGGAUGGAGGAUGAAGAGGACACUAUGAAGCUUUUACAGCCAGGCUCCAAAAGUGAAGAAAAGAUGAACCAGGAAGCUAUGGACUCUACAGACAAACUCUUAGAACCGUUUGUUCCUGUUACAGAACCCGACGGAGUAGCUGCAAGAACUGAAAUGCAGCCUCACAGUUCUGUGUCUGAGCCAUCUUUAUCCAGAAAGAGGAGACAAAGGAUCAAAGAGGACAUAUCGGAACAUCCUGAGCAGUUUCCUGUACUAUGUCCAAGACCUCUGCCUUCUCCUCCUGUCAUACAUCACCGGACUGUGAGAAAGACUCACAGCAGCCCUGAGAGAAAAGGCGCUACCUCGGUAGACAGUUCAAACCACAGCAGCAUAUCUUCUCAGGAUCAUCGCCCUUUGUCUGCAAGAGAGAGAAGACGACUAAAGCAGUCUCAGGAAGAAAUCUCUCUCUCUGCACCGUCUGUCAGAAGAGGUUCUGCUGAAGUUCACAGAGCUCAGGAAAUAUGUCCUGUCAAUCAGUCAUUGCCAAGUGAGCGUGGGAAAAAGCUAAAUUCUGUACAUCAGUUGUCAGAGGAUGAUCUCAGCUCCUCCACCAGUUCCACGGAGAAAUCUGAAGGAGAUUGUAAAGAAAGGAAGUACUCCGACUCUGGGGACAUGAAUGAUCUGGUCAGUCUAAUGACACAAACAUUACACAUGGAAAAAGACAAAGGUCAAAUGCCCCCAGUCGCUUGCAAUGAAUUCAGACUCCACAGAAAAUACAGAGAUACAUUAAUGUUACAUGGAAGAGCAGCUGAGGACUCAGACGAUAUCUGCUUUGAAGACUUACCUUCAGAUAAUGUUACGGUUUCAGAGAAAUUCCGCAGAGUGAUUGAAGCUCUGAGGGCCGAUGUUGUGCAGGGUCUUGGAGUUAAGCUCCUGGAGGAAGUGCAUGUUGUCAUGAACAAGAAAGAUGAAAGGCAGAAGGAGUUGCAGUUACAGAAACUCUUAGGAGAGAAAUACGACGACUACAACCCAAAAAUUCACCAACUUAAAUUUUUUGAAGAUAAUUUCAAAUUGUAGAUGUAUUAUGACAGGCAUUUUCUGAAAACCAUAUCUUUUUUUUACACUUUUAUUCUUUUAAAUUUUUAUACAAAUUCACAAAAAUCUGUGUUGUUUUCCUACUUGUGCACAGGGAACAUCCGUGGCGAUAUAUUUUAAUAUUGCCAGAUUUACAGAGGAAUGCUUUCAGGUUGUGUUUCAAUUACAGGACAUUUAUUAGAGAUGUUUUUGAAGAUUACACGAUAAAGCAUAUGUUGGGAAUAUUGUAUUAUGGGUGCAAUUCAAUUUUGAAUGAUGCUGGUAUUGUGCCAUUGGAGCUGCAACACAAUUAAGUUUACCCCACGCUCCUAUAGGAGAGAUGCUGGGAUACUGUAAGUAUCAGUGUGCGUAACUGCAUAUCAAAACCCAGCAUUGGCCCUUAUAUGCCUUCUAAAAAAGAGGUGCACCGUAUGCGGAAUCAGUGGGUCUUUAUGCGGUUAAGCAACACACACACCCCUCCCCCCCGCCCCUCCCGACUUUAGCCUCAGGAAAAAAUGCUAUUUAAUCGAAUAGCCCUUCCCCGAGCCGAAGGGAUUUUGGAUGACAAUUAUCCGUGUGGUAAGUCUUUGAUGUUCUCGUUUCCUGUCUUUCUGCCUAUGGAGCAGUGACGUGCGGUGAGGCGAGGCAGAGCCUCUCCUGUCUUACUCCAGUAUAUGCCAGUUUUGAUUAUAUGAAGUAUAUGAAAAAUACAAAGAAUACAUUCUAAAUAUCUUCAUUUUUUUUUUUUUUAUCCUUUUUAUAGUCAAAACUCUGGAGUGAAAAAAUCUGACAGGUGAGGCAGUGCCGCCCCUGCCUACCUUGUCCGCACAUCUCUGAUCAAAACUCACCAAAUUUCCAGCAGUAGAUACUGCUGCACCGGUGUAUAAUGCCCACAUGAACCCUUGAGCUCCUAUAUUGUCUGUAAAUCUGGCUCUGGUACUAUCCAGUGCCUCCUCGGCCAUUUACCGCGCCGCAUGUCACUGCUAUGGAGAAUACAAAGUUGUUGUAUGGUCUCUAAUUUCAAUAACAUAACCGUUCCAGUGUAAUCAGGUAGAUCAGUAGCACUGAGUAAUCUGUAGAUAAUUACUUCAUGCUCAUGUGCAGAAGGUUUUCCCUCAGAUCACGUUAUUCUGGCUCUGGUAUCUACUGGUUACUCCUGUUCUCUGACAAGCUAACCUUUCCUAGAUAACGCCCUGGUUACACCACAGCUCCAAUCCGUCACUGCUCUCGGUAUUCCAUACACCUGCCCUCUCACCCAUCUUGUAUAUAUGCUCUCUGUUGUUUUUCUGUCUGUAUACUAAUGUGAAAUUCAUGGAUUUUGUUUAAAUUUAGCUGUAUGUAACUUUGUAUAGGUAUUAAAGUUUCACAGGUGUACACUAAAUGUGAAAGAGAAUGUUUCAAAGAGCCAAUUAACAUAAUUUCAUGUUUAAUAAACGACAUUAUCUAAUGUGUACAAUUA